CAGUGCAGAAGGAACAGAGGCAGGAGCAGCAGUCAAUGUACACACAUAGGGCAGGCAGGAGGAGGGAGGGAGGGAGAUGGGCAGGGGAGGAGGGCACGGGCGGGAGAGCGGCCGGCCCGAGAUUUAGGGUGUGGGAUGGUCGCGUCAACGGCGAUGUGCUCGCUCUGCAUUGCAGGUCCUCAGAUGUCGGGUCGGAUGGUCGGAACGCUGCAGGCUGGCUGGCUGGAGCUGGCUUGAUUUGUAGAUGCAAUUGUGCAGGCGAAGAAGGACCCUUUUAUGAAGGAGUGGGCCUCAGAAGCAGCAGACCUCAGAAAGAAGGCGGAGACGAAGCAGAGCGAGGACAGUAGUGCCGAAAGAAGCGAGACGCCAGUCAGGGAAGGGGUAGGACUGGCCUGGCCUAAAGAACAGAAGAAGAAGAAGGAAAGAGUCAGAAGGACGCAGCAGCACUUGGCUGCUACCGCUGUCUCCUUGUAACUACGCAGCCAGGCACCAGCGAAGGAGUCGGAGAGCUGAAGGAAGAAAGGACUGAAGGGACAGGUAGGGGUGGGAAACGGAAGGAGGAAGAAAAGAAGGGACGAGAGCGGAGAGGAGGAGCGAGUAUUGUGCAGGGGAGGCGCCAGGAACGAGAGAUUGGCAUGCAGGGAGAAAUAAGUUGGUGAUUUAAGCGAAAAUUGAGACUCGCCGAAAACGAGAAGAAAGUGGCAUUGAUUCCUCAUGGAAGCAGCACCCAGCUGAUUGAUAGACCGAGAGUAAGUGAGCGAGGGGCAGAGUAGCGAGGGACAGACGCAGAUGCGGGGGCCAUGCACUGGGACUCUCCAGGAGGAGACGACCUGCUCCAGCGCCCAGCCAUGGAGUCGAUGCAGCAGCAGCAGCAAUCACCUGCAGAUGCCCACACUAGCUCUCCAAAUCGCCCUGUUCAUGCUGAAACAGACAACAUGAGCAGCAUCACAUCCAGCAUCAGGUUCCUCAUAUCAAAUGCAGCAGCCGGAUCAGUUAUAGGUAAAGGUGGUGCAACCAUCAGCGAAUUUCAAGCGCAAUCAAAUGCAAGAAUUCAGCUUUCUAGGAACCAUGAGUACUUUCCAGGAACUACGGAUCGGAUCAUAUUGAUAAGUGGGACAGUAAGCGAGAUAUUGACCGCUCUUCAUCUUAUUCUCUCGAAGAUAUUGAAUGAGGCCGAGGAUGAAAACGAAGGCGAUCAAAAGUCCAACCAAGUUAGACUUAUUGUGCCUAAUAAUGUGUGCGGAGCGAUUAUUGGGAAAGGAGGUUCAACAAUUAAAGCAUUUGUUGAGGAUUCAGGGGCAAAUAUCAAACUUUCGUCACAUGAUCAAACCAUCCCUGGAGUCAGCGACCGCAUGGUCACAAUAACGGGAACGCUUGAGAAGCAAUUACGUGCAGUGGAUAGUAUCAUCUCCAAGCUAUCAGAGGAUCCUAAUUAUGCCCAAUAUGCAAAUGCUCCUAUUUCUUAUCCUGGAAUGGGACUUCUUGGUAUACAAGGACUCCGAGGACGUUAUGCAGGUUCUCCGGUACAGUCUCCUGGUUAUACUGCCGUCCCAUUCGCCUCAGGUGGUUCUGCCAAUGCUCGGAGCAAGGGACUUAUGCCUCCACUAGUAGGUCUACGGUCUCCCGUUCAAAUCACAUUGCCUGUUGUUGAAGCCGGGCCGCUUACCACAUCUCUCACUGUGGCUGUACCGGAUGAUCGAAUUGGUGCCAUCGUCGGUCGCGCUGGGAAAACUAUCGCCGAGAUUCAGAUGGCAAGUGGGGUCAAAAUCAAAAUCUCGGAGCGAGGAGAUUUUGUGGCUGGCACUAAAUCUCGGAAAGUUACUAUCGCAGGAACUGCAGAAGGUGUGCGCAUUGCCCAGCAUCUAUUGACACAAAAAGUCCAACAAAGUUUCGCAUCUGAAUAUGACAGGUGAGGCAGGAAGAAGGGCUAGGACUAGAUAUGAGGAGAACCAAGUAGCUAGAAGUUAAUAAAGCCAUGUGAAUAAGAACUAACAUCUUAGUAAGAGGUGAUGUUUUUUCCAGUGCUAUUAGUUCUUUGCCGGAAGCUUUUGAGAGGGAGAGAGAGAGAGGUAGGACCACAGUAGGUUAGCAGACCUGUCCGUCAUCAGUUAUUACAGCCUUCUGCCUAACAGGAUUAUUGAAUUUCGGGCCUGUUCCUGGGGAAUUUACUCUAGGCUUGUAGAAGAGCGAGCGCACUUGAAUGUCCCCUUAAGUAGCUGUAGAGUCAGUUAGACGGCCACCAGUUGGAAUCGAGUGUCUUUUAAGUGCCAGAAUGAGUUGGGCACCAUUGGAAUAAACUUCUCGUGUACAUUACAUGAACUUUCACUAUUUGUGGGAGAAACAUCAGUAGGACUUUCUCCCAAUUCUGAAAUAGAUUGAUUAUGAGACAAAUGAUACAUGUAAUGCUGAUGAUAACGUGCAAUCUG